GCCUACCAUUUUCUCACAUCAUAUCCACCAACAAAAACACAAGCUUAUAAAGCAAAAAUCAACUAAUUUUGUUAUCAACCAACAAGAAGAACAAACACAAUGGCUUUCGCUUUGAGGUUCUUCACAUGCCUUGUUUUAACGGUGUGCAUAGUUGCAUCAGUCGAUGCUGCAAUAUCAUGUGGCACAGUGGCAGGUAGCUUGGCUCCAUGUGCAACCUACCUAUCAAAAGGUGGGUUGGUGCCACCUCCGUGUUGUGCAGGAGUCAAAAAGUUGAACGGUAUGGCUCAAACCACACCAGACCGCCAACAAGCAUGCCGAUGCAUACAGUCCACUGCGAAGAGCAUUUCUGGUCUCAACCCAAGUCUAGCCUCUGGCCUUCCUGGAAAGUGCGGUGUUAGCAUUCCCUAUCCCAUCUCCAUGAGCACUAACUGCAACAACAUCAAGUGAAAUGGAAGCUUACGUCAUCAUUUGCGUUAAGAGUAUGGUUUAACAUAAGUACAAUAAAAGGGGCGGCUAUAUCUUAGCUGAUAUUACCAUGUCUUUGUUGUCUCGAUGCUAUGUAAUCCUUUCCUUUCAUAUGUUGUAUUGAUGCGUUUAAGAUAUGAUAAUAGUACCUUAUUAGCCAUCUUCUCUUUA